AUGUCAGCGCCAGUUCCGCAAACCACAAACUUCGCCGUCAAAACAAAACGCUUGAUCUUGCUACCAACUCCUCUAGCCAUAGACAAUGAAGCGUAUAGAUCUCUCUAUGCCUCUCUGCACCGCAUGCCAGAAUUCACAACCAUGGCUUUCGGCGAAUCCUGGGGAACCAAAGAUUGGACCACCUCUUCCGUACGAGAAAUCAUCGUCCGCGAAGUCGCCAGAUCUUGGAAGGUCAGAGGGAUGGGCGAUUUCGCCAUCGGUCUACGCUCCGAACACCAGAACCUCGAAAAUGAUGAUGAUGUCAGAGAACAUGGAUUCAAGAUUGUAGAGGCGGAGGUGCAGAGGCUGGAGGACGUGCGAUGGAUAGGCUAUGUGGGGAUCAGGGAUGCGACUACCACAUCUAUGCUUAAUGAGCUCACUGCUGUUCCUUCGAUUCGUGGAUGGCAAGAGAUGGUUGAGCUACGGUAUGGAUUUCACCCGGAUGCUUGGGGUAAAGGGUUUGGAACUGAAGCGGCAAAGGCGGUUAUGGGCUGGGGACAGCAAGAAAAGGGAGUACAGAGGUUUAUUGCUGAGACUGAGAGAGAAAACAAGGGUAGUGGAGGCGUGCUGGGCAAGUUAGGGUUCACGGAGAUCGAUGAGAGGACAGAGAUUGUCUGGGGCAUGGAGGGUACGAAGGAGUGGGAGAGAGGAAUCUGA